AAUCCAUUCCACGCUAAACUCGGGUCCCAUCCCGUCCUCCCAAACCAAUUCUCCGCACGGGAAAACCCGGUCGCCCCUUCGUUUCCUCCGCAGUUUUUCCACCCACCCAUCCCCUCACAGCAACCAACCCAUCAAGAUCCUCCCCGCCGUCUAGCAUCUAGCUCCGCGCUGCAAUCAACCCAAGGAGCUUAUCGCGCUCUAUCGGAUUCGGAUACCAUCCGCCGAGGUAUGUGAGGCCGCCGCCAGCAUAAUGGUGACCGAGAAGGACGCCCUGCGCCAGUGCAAGGAGCAGCCCUGCCGUCGCCAGGACGAGGCACCGGCACUAGCAGCGUUGCCGUCGUCGUCAUCGUCGGAGAAGGACAGCGACGCCAUGCCGCCGCCGUCGUCUCCGUACGCGGCCUUGCUGCGCCGGGAGGGCGAGGCGGCGCCCGCGGCGGCGGCGGGGGAGGAGCUGCUGCUGGUGCCGCCGCUCAAUUUCGCCAUGGUGGACCACGGCAUCUACCGAUCUGGCUUCCCUGACGUCUCCAACCUGCCCUUCCUCGAGUCCCUCCGACUCCGCUCCGUCCUGUGCCUGUGCCCGGAGCCGUACCCGGAGGCCAACCUGGAGUUCCUCCGCGCCCACGGGAUCAGACUCUUCCAGUUCGGAAUCGACGGCUCCAAGGAGCCAUUUGUGAACAUACCGGAAGAUAGAAUCCGUGAAGCUCUAAAUGUUAUCCUAGAUGUCAGGAACCACCCAGUGCUUAUUCACUGCAAGCGUGGAAAGCAUCGAACUGGCUGUGUGGUCGGAUGCUUGAGGAAAUCGCAACGCUGGUGUCUUACUUCAAUAUUCGAUGAAUACCAACGUUUUGCUGCUGCCAAAACAAGAGUUUCCGAUCUAAGGUUCAUGGAGCUAUUUGAUAUAUCUAGCAUAAAGCAUCUACCAGGAUCCUUCACGUGCUGAGGAAGCGAGAGCUUCAGGGUUGCCCUUGUUCCGAGAUGGGCAUUUCUCCCCCCUGCUAUGCUAGACUUUUGAGUCGUCUGUAUGAUAGUAACAUCAGUAGCAUGAUAAGAACUUUGGGUACUAGUCCCAUUAUAAUGUCAUUUUUUUAAAAGGAAAGUCGUUUUUGGAGCCUAGCUGUUUACGAGAGGCAAUUCAUCAGAAGAGGUACUUAACGAA